GCCCUCAGCAGGAGGACAGACGCUCGCGUGCUGGACGGGGCAGCGGCGCGCUGGAUGGAGUCGCAGAAGAUGUUCGUUCGCUGAUGGAAAAGUAACGACACUGGAAAAAACACAACAGAAAAUACAAUGGACUAUAUGGUGCUUCUUGUUUUGCUAACAGCAGCAUCAUCAGUUGCUAUGAGCAGGGGAAAGAUGAGCCAAGCGGUGGCCUAUUUAAGGAAUUAUGGCUACUUGCACAUUCCACUGGACGUGAGGAGCCAAAAUGAUCCUUCUGAAGAAACUGCAGAAGCCCUGAGAAUCUUCCAGAGGUCCACCGGCCUUCCUGUAACGGGACAACUCAGUGCAGCCACUCUGUCAAUGAUGGAGCAGCCUCGCUGUGGUGUGGAAGACUCUUUCAACAACAGAACGCUCAAAUACCAACUGAUGGGUUACUGGCGUAAGAAGAUGCUGACCUACCGCAUCUACACAUACACGCCUGAUCUAGGACAGACGAAGACGCGCCUGGCCGUCCACGAGGCCUUUAAGUACUGGAGUGAUGUGUCGCCGUUAAGGUUCAAGGAAGUGUUUCAAGGAGCGGCGGACAUCAAAAUCUCCUUUCACAGAAAAGACAGAACGUGCCCAGUGCCGUUUGAUGGGCGAGGACGCGUGUUGGCCCACGCGGAGGCCCCCGAGUCGGGAAUCGUGCAUUUCGACGAGGACGAGCUGUGGACGGAGGGGAAGGACCACGGCACCAACCUGAGGAUCGUGGCCGCCCACGAGAUCGGCCACGCCCUGGGCCUGGGCCACUCCCGGCACCCCACCGCGCUGAUGGCCCCCGUGUACAACGGAUACCGUCCCAGCUUCAAACUCCACCCGGAUGACCUAAAAGGCAUCCAGGCUUUAUACGGAAAGCCAGAGAGAAGUCCCCCAUCUGGAAAUCCUGGACAGGCCAGCCUGGCGGGAGCUGCUCCGGAUCCUUGCAAGGCUGCCAUUGACGCGACUAUGCUAGGUCCGUUGCACAAGACCUACGUGUUCAGCGGUCAGUACGUGUGGACGUUGUCAGAUAAGGGAUUCAACACGCCGGUCCUCAUCUCUGCACUGUGGAGCGGCCUGCCGGGGAACCUGGACGCAGCCGUUCACUCUCCGAGAACCGGGAAGUCGUACUUCCUAAAAGGGGAUAAAAUGUGGAGGUACGCCGGGUUCAAGCUGGACUACAGCUUCCCCAGACCCCCGGCGAAGAUUCCCGCUAAUGUCGAUUCAGCCUUCUACUGCAACAAGAGCAAAAAGCUGACAUUCAUCCAAGGCUCCAGGUAUUGGCAAUGGGAUGAAACUGGACCAACGGACAGAACAGGUUCGAACCCCAAACCUCUCGGGCAGCUCCUGCCCGGGGUCCCCAGCAGCCCCGGUGCGGCCUUAACAUGGAGGGACGGACACGUGCACGUGUUUAAAGGCACCCAGUACUGGCGUGUCAGCAAACACCGCCCGGCCGCCGGGCGGGCCUCUCCCCGGAGCACCGCGCCGCACUGGCUGCAAUGCGACGACUGAGCCACCAGAGGGCGGUGUUGCCCCAAAACGAAAAGACCAAAAACAAAAGGUGUAUAGUAACAGGGGAAAAAGAUGCUUAUUUAUUUGGAAGGUAGCAUUGGAAAAAUAAAACGUUCAUAUAGGAUUCUCUUGCGAAGGUCGAGUGGAAGUUAUUAAAUUUCAGCAUAAUGUACAAAAUCAACCAUAAGCUUUUUUUCUUUUGCAGUAAAGAUACCGUUGUUUUUUUUUCUUCCCCUUUUUGUGGCGCUGUGGGAAAAGUGUCUGAAAUGCAUUUAAGCAAAUCGUGAAUUGUAAAAUGAAAUAAGGCGAAUUAAGGCUUUUUUUUGCAAUAUGGAUGAGAAUGUUGCAGUAUAUGCGUUGGGGAUUAAGGUUAGUUUCAUGACAUAAUAUAACCUGACGUAAUGCUGCCAACUGUGUCGACUACGGAAGACGAUUAAGGAAUGUUUGUACCUUCAUCAUACGACUAUAUUCCAAUAACAUUCGCACUACCAAGUCCUUUCCGUUCUCCUCUUUCCCCUAGACCAGUGUUUCUCAACCCAGUCCUCGAGGACCCCCCCUAUCCUGCAGAUUUUCAUUGUAACCCUGCAUAGGUAGCCCUGCUUGUACUUACUCGACCAAUCAUCUCGCAGCACUUAAUCAUGCAAGGUGUGCAACAUCUGACAAAAUUCAUUGCUGAUUGGUGGAAUAACUACAAACAGGCACCUAUUCAGGGUUGCAAAGAACAUAUGCAGGAU